UUCCCUUUUGGUUUACACAACAGGCUCCCCAGCAACCUUCCUCCCCAUCAACAGAAUGGAAUCGAGACAGAAGGCAGAUCAACCCGCAACGGCGGAUAGGCGAAAGAAGCCUGAACAACCCCCUCAAGAACGCCCAGAGCCUAGAUACCACGUUUACAUCCGGCUCCCCUUCGACCGCGGCGACUUCGUCGACCCAGGAACUGUGAACUGGAGUGAGAAGAAGUCUGAGGCGCUAUGGAGCAUUCUAUCCGAUUCUCUAUCCGAUAAUGUUGACUGGUCCAAGCUCGCCGGCGAGUUCGAUGUGACCGUCGAUUUUCUCCUCCAGAUGGCCACCUACCUGACGGAGCGGCAUACCUCCCAACUCCGAGCGCACAUGCUGAAGGCUGCUGCCGCCAGGGGUUCCAACGCCCCAUCGCCAGUGCCUGGUGCUGAUCCUUCGGGGAGCUAUCAGAUCGCCGUAGACCCUACCAGGCGGGCCAGCCUAGGAGCCGGCCGCGCUCCAUCAUCUCUUUCGGUGCGCAAAGAUACUCCUCUACCGAUUCAGAAGAAUGAAGAGGACCACGCUGUUUCCGGUUCCACUGCCGCUGGGCUCUCGAUCAAAACCGCUCUCCCCGUUCGGCCGGAAAGCUCUCGAAACUCGUCCUCUAACACCACAGUCCCCACCUCCCAAAUCCAACCGAGCCAGUUUGGCGGUAGGCCAGGGACAGCCACCCGGUUAAGUGACCCCCAGCGACGCCGGCUUUCAUAUCUCUCGACUCCCCACACCCAACAAUCACCGCAACAGCGGCCACAAGAGGAAACCGACACCGAGAUCCCCCCAAGCCCAGUUGCCUCUACAUCAUCAUCAUCACCCUCUUCCUCAGUAUCUUCAGACAGUCCCGUCGAAAGCCGCAUCAUCCGUCGCCCGCCACGCUUCCCGUCUAAGGACCCCCGAACCGGUGGCAACAAUCCGUUCGGCGGCGGUGACGAUGAUGACGAUGACGACGGUGAGCUCGCCUUUCUCCCAUACAACCCCCAAGGCGGCCCCUCAGUCAACGGCACGGGAAGCAGCAGCGGUCAAGACUUGGGCGCUACACUGCGGGGGAACACUACCAUGCGCGAUCUUGCCGGGCGGGGUCGGCAGGCAGCAGCAGCAGCAAGCGACGAUGCCAGCCAGUCGCAGUCGCAGACGUCGGACUCAUCGAUCGGGUCGGCGGCUGUCGUCCAAGCCCCGCGGAGGCCAGCGACAGCGGGACCGACUACUGAUGGACGGCGGGCACCAGGCGUUGCUGGGGCGGGUGGCCACCAGCAGGGCCCGCUCUCACCGCGGCGGACGGCUGAGUUAGCUGCGGCGAGGGGCCCGGGAGGUAGUCGAGGGAAGGGAGCCUCCAGGGAGGGGAGUGAUGGAACCCCUAGUAUGGGGAGCAGUUUUAGUGAUUUGGAUGAUGCUUCGGUCACACAAUCGGCACUCGAGGAAGCCCUGGCCAGCCGUAUGCAGGAUGGCACGAUUGGUAGCCGGAUGAGUGUUAUAGGAGGCACCAUCGGACACGCCUUCAGGAGCCGGUACUUACCCAAGCCAAAUCGGCAAUAAGGCCCGGCCAACACGAUCGUCGCCGAAUAGGUAGUUCAUAUUUGGAAAGAUACGGAUUCCGGCGUUUAGGAUAUUUAGCGUUGUGUUUUCUGGCUUGCUUUUAGGUUUUGGGAAGGACCCCAGGCGCU